AUGUCGGAAGAUGGAUCAAUCGUCAAGCUGUUUGAUCCUACUGUCAAAGGUAAUUCUGAUAAGCUUCAAUGCUCCAUUGUUGUUAAGGUGUUUGGGAGACGUAACCCUAUACAGUUGAUUGCGGCUGAAUUAAGAUGCCAGUGGCAAAAAUUUGGCAAGUUCCAUCUCACAAUCCUUGGUUCAGAUUGGGUACUAUGCUCUUUCUUCUCUGAGGAAACUAUGGAGAAUGUAUUUUCAGGCGGUCCAUGGUUCGUAAAUGGACACAUAAUUGGGCUGGAUAAGUGGAAUUCUGAUUUUAAUCCCAAUUCACUCAAAGGGCUUUCUUCUCCAAUCUGGAUUAGGAUGCCUAAUCUACCGCUUUACUAUUGGGAUGAAAUUAAUCUAUCAAGGAUUGCUUCUUCUAUUGGAAAACCUAUUUUGAUAGAUGGAGAUAUGUUCCAAUGGGGGAGGAGGGAGUUUUCCAGAGUUGGUGUUCGCGUCCAACUUGACCGUCAACUACCAACUGGUGUUUGGGUGGAAGGAAUAAAUGGCAAAUUCUAUCAAAAGGUGGAAUACAAGAAAAAUUCUUCCUUUCGCUACAAAUGUGGUAAGAUUGGACAUUUGAAGGAAGCUUGCAAGGUUUAUGAGGAGAAUAAGGAUGCAUGA